CAGGGCGGGAGGAGGCGGCGGGGCAGGGCGGGGAGAGGCCCCUCAGGCCUCUGAGGAACGGGGAAGGCUCCGUAGCACGGAGGGAGUGAAGCCUGAGGCGUUGGGAAGCAGCAGCGUCGCGGAGCAGCCCCUUCCCUGCUGCGGUUUUGAGGUGGAUGGAGCUCACCCUCGGGCCUGGAUGCAGGAAAGCAUGGCUGGCAGUCCUGAGGAUGAUGCAUCCCUCUCUGUUCAGAAGGUCACAGGCUCAGAAAGUUCCCAAGCAAAGAAGUCCCAGCAUGCUGAAGAAGCAAUCUUCUACAAGAACUGCCGAGCAGCUUACCUAACUGUUCUAAAAAGCAGUUUGGAAAACAUUAAAUCCAAAGAACAACUCAGUUUAGUACUUCAACAGGCUGGAAGGAAUCCAUCUCAGAAGACAGUUAAUAAAUACUGGACUUCACAAACAACUACACUGAAUUUUGAUGAUUUUUGUACUAUUUUAAAAAAAGAAAAACCAGCUACAAAAACUGACCUGCUGGAAGCAUUUGAGAAAAUAGACACAGAUAACACUGGAUAUAUAUUACAUGAUGAACUUUAUAAAAUCCUUACAAUGAGAGGUGAAAAAAUGACUCGGGAUGAAGUGAGUGCCAUUAUUAAACAAGCUGAUUUUAACUGCAGGGGCAAACUUGACUACCACAAGUUCUGUGACUUGUACGUGGCAACGCGUGAGCGGUGCUGCGAGGCUGCACGAGAGAGGCUGGAGGCUGAUGGUCGAUGGAGGCAGCAGCAGUUUGGAAGUCAAGCUGAAACUUCCUCUGAAGGGACCCCGUUGCCAGUGUCAAAGCCAUCACCCAGAAUCUCCAGGAAAACUGAUCCCAAACUGCCACCAACAAAAGGUGAGAGCAGAACUCCUUCAAGACCCUCAUCAGCUCAGAGUUGCAAGGCAUCUGUUUCCACCACACUCAGCAUGGGUCCCAGCAGCAACAGGCACACAAAGCUAAUUGAGCCAGACACAAUGAAGGAAUGGCCAUGUGCACAAUCCAAAGGAUGCUUCUACUUAGAAGAAGAUGGUGAAAUUAUUAGUCACAAGUACAAGUUGUACUUACCCCAAAAGUCUGCAGUAUGUAUCACCAUCAAGCCUUUAAGCAUUCCUCAGGGAGAAGGAAAAUAUUGCCAUUGGUUGUCAGUGGAUACAGCUUUGUAUAUCCUGAAGGAAAAUGAAACCCAAGAAAAUCUCCAGCUUGUGAGCUUUACUGAACAACAAAACAAAGAGAUGUUGGGAUGGAAAGGGGAGCUUGGAUCAGGAGUUUACUGGCUACUCCCAUUCACCACAGGCUGUAGGUUAAAGAAGGCAAAAACUCCAAUUACUGGAGAAGCAAAAUUGGUGUCUAGAGAUGAAGAUGGAGAACUGGCUCUGACCAAAGAGUUCAGAGCUGCUUUAUUAGAUAUAUUUGAAACAAUUGAUCUGGAUGGAAAUGGCCUUUUGAGUCUGGAGGAAUACAAUUUCUUUGAACUGAGAACCAGUGGUGAGAAAUGUGAUGAGGAAGCAUGGGCUGUGUGUAAGGAGAACUUUGAUAUGAAGAGAAAUGAGCUCACCAGACAAGGAUUUAUGGAUCUGAAUCUCAUGGAAGCCAACGACCGUGAAGGGGACCCCAGUGACCUCUGGGUCACUUUGUUGUCUCUGGGCUACAAUAAAGCACUAGAAAUGACUGAGGCAUGCCCUUUUGUCAUUGACAUCUCUGCAGAAAAAUGCAAACCCAAAAUUAAACCCAUAUAUCUAGAGGCAGGCAGCUGGCAACUCAACAGGGCUAUUUGCAAGUCUGUUGUUAAUAAAGGAGAGGCCAAAGUAAUGGACAGCUGUGAAAACAUCAUCAUCUAUACCUACAAAGGGGGCAGGAGAAUCACUUCUGUCAUUGGAAAUAAGUCUGAAAACAAAGUGAUUAUUCAUGUCAACAAUGAGAAGAGUAAGAACUGCCUAAGCAGUAGGGGCCUUAUGGUUUUUGCAGUGGAAGUGGCACCAAAAUCCAUGAUGGUUUCUCAACACGUGAUGCCCCUGAAUGAGCAGGAAGAAUGGAUUUAUAAUUGUGUGCAUUCCCUCUUAAGUUAAAACAUUUUACUCAGAGAGCUGUUUCUUGGUAGCCUUCAGACUAAACCAGGAAUUUUAUUGGCAGUUCCUAGAACUUUUUCUAGAAUCUUAUUGGCAGUUUUAAGUCUGUCCUUCUCAAAAUUCAUCCUUCUCAGAGUCUGAUUUGUUUAAAGCAAAUGAAUGAUGUAAGUAUCCAUUUCUGGUAUCACACCUCUGCUAGUGGCUUUUCAGCAUAGGAAUGCAAUAACUAAAUAUAUGAAAUCCUUUGACAGAAUCUUCACAUCUGGUCUAAUGAAAGAUGCAAUUAAACAUCAGUACUGCUCAGUUAAUUAAACACUUGUGGUUUUGGCAUGAGGAGUAGUAAUGGGUGGGGUUCAUUGUUUUAUUUUUCCAUCUCUUAAGGAUUUGAUUCUUUUCUCUUUUAUAGGAUUU